UUGGACGAGAACAGCAUUGCCGCGCAAGCGUUUGUGUUUUUCAUCGCUGGCUAUGAAACAUCGUCCAACAUCAUAGCGUUCUGCCUACACGAGCUGGCGUUGAACACCGAGAUUCAGGAGAGAACGAGACGUGACAUACAAGAUGCCAUCGAGAACAGAAAUGGGAAAUUGACCUACGACGCUGUACAGGACAUGAAAUACCUCGAUAUGGUCAUCGCAGAAACACUUCGAAAGUAUCCUCCAGCUCCUAUGUUGUCUCGAAGAUGCGAACACCAGUACCAAGUGCCAGGAAGUAAGCUUGAAUUGCCAGCAGGUAUGCGGGUGAUCAUACCGAUCUAUGGAUUUCAUAACGAUCCAAAGUAUUAUCCGAAUCCGGCAAUAUUCGAUCCUGAGAGAUUCACAGAAGAGAACAAACGAACCAGGCAUUCUUACACGUAUCUUCCAUUUGGUGAAGGACCUCGAAAUUGCAUAGGUAUGCGGUUUGCAUUGCUGCAGAUCAAAGUGGGGAUAAUUUCGUUUCUUAAAAAACAUAGAGUGGAAACAUGCGAGAGAACGAUUACACCGAUAAAAUUCAGUAGACGAAGUCUCGUGACAACCAGCGAAAAAGGUUUCUGGCUUAAAAUCGUGCAAUGUUCU